AUGUCGCCUCCGUCGAGGGUGUUCCCUCCCUACAUGCGAUCACCUCCGUCAAAAGUGUCAUCUCCCUGCAUGAGAUCACCGUCUCCUGCUUCCGGACACCUCCCAUGUGGAUCAGCUGCACGAGACCUUUAUGCUGAAGUUGUAGCGAUAUGGGGCAACAUAGUAGGCCUACGUGGGACUGGCGAGUAUCAGGAUGGAAGGGGUGGCGGAGGGACAGGCGGCUAUCAGGACAGAUGGGGUGACGGAGGGACAUGUGACUAUCGGGACGGAGGGGUAGGCAGUUAUCAAGAUGGAGGGGGUGACGGAGGGGUCGGUCGUUAUCAUGGUCGAGGAGGUCAGAUGGGUAUGUUGACUCGUUGUGGGCAUUGGAUGAUGCAUUAG